UACAUACGGGAACGGCCCUCUCUCACUCUCUCUCUGCGCCCUCCGAAAAGAAAAACGCCUCCUUACCGCCAACCCUGCCUUCCUUCCCACAGAAUGGCCUUCGCAGCAUUCCCCAGCUGCAGAAGCACGUUCUCUCCUCUUCUCCACAGGCCCUCCUCCUCGUCUUCCCCCUCCACCUCCAGCUUCCUCGGUGAUCGAAUCCUUCAAAGCCACCUCCCUAGAUUUCUCAAGGUCAGGUCCUCUCUCCCGAGGGCGUCGAGGACCUGUGUCUGCACCAUCGCCCCUGACAGAGUGGAGGUCGGGAUGGACGGAGUUGGGAUUUCGCAGAGACCCGACACAUUCGGUAGGUUCGGCAAGUUCGGUGGGAAAUACGUCCCCGAGACGCUCAUGUACGCCCUCACGGAGCUCGAAUCCGCCUUCCGAUCCCUAGCUUCCGAUGAUGAUUUCCAGAAAGAAUUGGACGGGAUCUUAAAAGACUACGUUGGUCGUGAGUCUCCACUUUAUUUUGCGGAGCGGCUAUCCAAUCAUUACAAACGCAGUGAUGGCACGGGGCCACAAAUAUACUUGAAAAGGGAGGAUCUGAACCAUACUGGUGCCCACAAGAUCAACAAUGCGGUCGCUCAAGCGUUGCUUGCAAAGCGAUUAGGUAAGAAACGUAUUAUUGCUGAAACUGGAGCGGGACAGCAUGGAGUUGCCACUGCUACCGUGUGUGCAAGGUUCGGUCUGGAUUGUGUUGUUUACAUGGGUGCACAAGAUAUGGAGCGUCAGGCACUCAAUGUGUUCAGAAUGCGCCUUCUUGGGGCUGAGGUAAGGGCUGUUCAUGCUGGAACAGCCACCUUGAAGGAUGCCACCUCGGAGGCUAUAAGGGACUGGGUCACCAAUGUAGAGACUACCCAUUAUAUUUUAGGAUCUGUUGCAGGACCCCAUCCAUAUCCCAUGAUGGUCCGUGAAUUCCAUGCAGUAAUUGGAAAAGAAACAAGAAAGCAGGCUAUGGAGAAAUGGGGAGGGAAGCCUGAUGUUCUGGUUGCUUGUGUUGGUGGCGGCUCAAAUGCAAUGGGUCUCUUUCAUGAGUUUAUAGAGGAUCCUGAUGUAAGGCUUAUAGGUGUGGAGGCUGCAGGAUUUGGAUUAGAUAGUGGUAAGCAUGCUGCAACCUUGUCAAAAGGAGAAGUUGGUGUUCUGCAUGGUGCUAUGUGCUAUUUGUUACAGGAUGAGGAGGGUCAAAUUAUUGAGCCACAUUCUAUCAGUGCUGGAUUGGAUUACCCUGGGGUUGGACCGGAGCACAGCUACUUAAAGGACAUUGGAAGAGCUGAGUAUUAUAGUGUUACUGAUCAUGAAGCUCUAGAUGCUUUCCAACGGCUGUCUCGGUUGGAGGGCAUCAUUCCAGCUCUGGAGACGUCCCAUGCUCUCGCUUACUUGGAGAAGCUUUGUCCUACACUCCCCGAUGGAGCUAAAGUUGUGGUUAACUGCAGUGGGCGUGGUGACAAGGAUGUCCAGACGGCAACCAAGCACCUCACUAUCUGAUACUGUGGCAAAUUGCAUUACAUCCUGCAUUGUUGGUAAUCUUUUAUUAUCAUAUAUAUGCAGAUUGGUGUUUGGAGUUGGUCUUUUGGUAGCAGAGUUGCGGUAUGGGUGUUUAGCGCUGAUAUUAUGUUAAGCGCAUUCAAUUUCCGGUGGUAUUAUUCUAGUGGAGUGGUAGAUCCUCAUUGAGUAAUCAUUUCUUGGUGGAAUUGCUGCCUCUAUAACAUUAAAAUGUCGUUUGGAGUCUUCCUUGUAUCUGAGGAGCCCCAUCUUGUAUUUUUCUUUUUAAACCAUUGAAUCAUGUGGCCUUAUUCUUUUCGAGGUGUUUGAUUUCUUCA